AAAAUAAAUAAGAGUAAGAGUAUUAAGUUACUCCCUUGAUUCACAAUCAGUCAGUAAUUGCAUUGCAACCCCUUCGCUAAUCAGAUGUCAAUGAAAAGCGUCUUCGAUGCUGCGUCCAGUGGCAGAGCUUUUAAGCUCAGUAGUUCAAGCAAAUCAGGAAAUUGGGGUAUGCAAAAAAAGCUCUUUGCACUGCAGGGGUAAAAGAAAAACCCCCUGACGAAUGCAACACUGUCACUAACGAAGGGAAGCAAAGCUUUCGCAGGUACAAUCAAAGUUAUCACCAGAAGCUGAGAGUCAACGGAGACGCAAACAACCCUCGUGCAGGACAACGAAACGGUUGCGAGGAUGUGAUUUUGCUGCUGACUUCCUCAAGUCAACAACAUCGAACAACAAAUUUUUUUGCAGUCAGCAAAGGAAAAGAGUGCUUAACAGCUUGUUAGAUAGUUGUAGUGAAUUUGUUGCUAAAAUGCGAAGUCGCACUGAGCUGGUGACCACCACAUUUGAUUUGGAUUCAGAUGAGGAGGACUAUAGUCCCGACGACGACGACUCCGAGGAGGAUUGGCGACCCAAUAACAACAACAAGAAGCCGCAAACCAAACAAUCCGAAGCUGGCGGCGGCCGCAAACGCAAAUCCAGCGCCUCAACGGCAUCCAAGGCCAAGAGACGUGCGAUUGCUGCAGCGGCUGCAGCAGCGGCGGCGGCUGCGGCAGCUGCUGCUGUGGCAGCUUCCAAGGUGAGCGAUGAUGAUGACUUCGAGUCCGCUGAUGACUUUUUAGAUGGUGACGAGGAGGAGGAGGAGGAGGAUGAACUGGAUACAGAGCACAGCGAUGAGGAUGAUAUCGAGUCGCCAGCUGCGAGCACCUCAACCAACAAGCGUCCUCAGAGUCUGCCGCCAAAGAAGCAGUUUGCAGUGAAACUGACGCAGCUGGAUUUGUUGAUCAACAAGCGUGAAUUGUGUGCCAAGGAUUGGCUGCAGAAUGCACGUCUGUGUCUGUGGCGCAAGGAUGAGCAAACGAAGCUGUUGCAGAAGUAUUUGCGGGUCAAGACCACACAGGAUGCGGAACAGCAGCUACUCUUCACCUCCAGCUCAGUGUACUCCAGCUGGGAUGAGCAGCACAUAGGUGACUUUGUGACCGUUAAAGUGAAUUGUUUGGAUCCGAAUAAUCGACGCAUUCAACUGGCUGAUUUAGAGGCUAUUAAAAAGUUGUCGCUGGAGCUGCAGGCGGCACAACACGUGGCUGAUGAGGCGGCGGCAACAACUAAUUAACUUUCGAGUUUGUUUAAGCACACAACAAUUCCUAGCGUUAACUUAGUAUUAUUAUUAGUAUUUUAAAAGUUGAAAACGAUUUUCAAAUUUAAUGUUUAGUGAAAACAAUUUCAAUAUCAAAUUAAAAAUCGCGCAUUUGCACAGUAAUUUUUUUUCGAGGGCGGGACGUUAACUAUAAUAAUAAUAAUAAUGUGUGUCAACAAUCAUUUGAAUUGCAUGCAUACGUAUAAUUUGCUUAGUUGACAGCCAAUUUUAAUGAAUUUGUUGCACUUAAUUAGCACGGCCGCUAAGCGAAUUAUACUAUAUAGUACUAUAUAUGCAUGUAUGCUGCUUGAUUUUUGGAUGCCGGACGGUUUGCAGAGUUUAGCCUGCCAGCUGCGGUUACCGACGACGUUCGCCUUUGACUGUUUUGCGUUUCUCUUUCUUCUCCUCACGCAAUUGCUUCUGCUUCUCGCGAUCCUCUUUAUCCUUUUGCUUUUUGGCCGCACUCUCGAGGC